AUCUUGCUUCCCACAAACACUUCACCAGACUAUAAGUACUCCACAGCUUUAUCCCUUUCAACCUAACAUUGUUACUUGGAAUCCUGGAUGCAUAGACAUUUCGCGUGGAAUUGUAUUUCAACCUCAUGAGGGAAUAACGUAUUAUUCGCACGCGCCUUCAGACUUGAGCGAGAUGCCCGAAGAGCCCGCGCGAGACUCCACCAGUUCACCCGUGUCUCCAGUGGACAGCCUCAGCAACAGCGACGGAGAGCCCGACAGGCCACCUAAAAGAUCCACGAGGAAAAGACGGCCGAGCAGAAAAAACGGGGAGGAUUCCGAUAGCUCGACUCAAGGGAAAAAGGGGAAGAAGACCAGCAACAGCAGCAGCAGCCCUCAGUCUUUUGAAGAGCUGCAGACUCAGCGUGUGAUGGCGAAUGUGCGCGAGCGACAGAGGACGCAAUCACUCAACGAGGCGUUCUCAGCUUUGCGCAAAAUCAUCCCCACUUUACCGUCCGAUAAACUGAGCAAAAUACAGACGCUUAAACUCGCAGCCAGGUACAUUGAUUUUCUCUAUCAGGUUCUACAGAGUGACGAGCUGGACUCCAAGAUGGCAAGUUGUAGUUAUGUUGCGCACGAGCGCUUAAGCUACGCGUUCUCGGUUUGGAGGAUGGAGGGCGCUUGGUCCAUGUCUGCAUCUCACUAGUGUGCAGGGAAACUUGUGUGUGUGUGUGUGUGUGUGUGUGUGUGUGUGUGUGUGUGUGUGUGUGUGUGUGUGUGUGUGUGUGUGUGUGUGUGUGUGUGUGUGU